AUGUUGGUAGGAAUCGACUGCGAAAAGAAUUUGGAGACAUCUACCAACCUUGUAGAUAUGGACCUGCCUCCUUCUCAUAUCUUUGGAGAGGAAAAUGGGGGCGUGGAGUAUGUUGAGAAAGAAAUAAUGAAUAUAUUACGAUUCUCUUCAAGUCAUGGAGAGUUGGUAAAAAGAGAGAGCUUGACUGUUGAAGAAGAUGAAGAUGGAAUGAGAGAUGAAAUGCCAUUUUUGCAGAUGCUGCAAGCUGUAGAAUCUCAGCCAUUUUUAUCAAUUCCUCAACCUAGCAGCUUUCAGCUUAUGUUGAAGUUGCAGCAGCAGAUACAAUCCCAGAGUAAUCAAAUUCCGGCAGUGGAGCCCCCUCAACUUGAGGGUGUAAAUUCAGAAUCUAAACCAACUCCGCAAACAAAACCAAGAGAAAAACGAAAGCGAAAGAGAACAAACACAGGUAUCAACAAAGAAGAGGAGACUGAGAACCAAAGAAUGACUCACAUUGCGGUCGAGCGCAACCGAAGACGCCUAAUGAAUGACCACCUCAAUGCGCUCCGCUCCCUAAUGCCCCCUUCCUAUGUUCAAAGGGGUGAUCAAGCGUCAAUAAUUGGAGGUGCAAUUGAUUUUGUGAAAGAAUUAGAACAAUUGCUCGAAACUUUGGAAGCCCAGAAGAGACUGAAAACCGGCUGCGGCGAUACCGGACUUAGGGAGGAUAGUAUUAGAGGGGAUUUCACGGUCGAGUCAAAGUCUCCCUCGGCGGACGUGCAAGUAACUGUUAUUCAAAACCAUGCCAACUUGAAGAUACAGUGCAUGAGAAGACCUGGUCAGCUGCUGAAUGCCAUUCUAGCAUUUGAAAAUCUCAAACUAACUGUGUUGCACCUCAAUGUCACUUCCUCGGACGAUUCAUUAGUCCAUUACUCUUUCAGUCUCAAGGUAGAAGAGGAUUGCAAUAUUGGAAGAUCAGCGGCUGAGAUUGCAGGUUCAGUGCAUCAGAUAUUCAGUAACAUCAAUGGCAAUGGCAACAACACAGAUAAUACAGUCUGUGGAUCUCAAAGUUUAUAA